AUAAAAUUCAGUUUGAAUUUCAACAAAUUUAUCUUUGCCUAGGCUACUAAAAACUAUCCCUUACUUGCUCCUCAAAACGAUACAAAUUCAGAUCUACAAGUUAAUAAUUCUUCUGUUAUUUCACAAGAAAACAGAAAAAAAACAGCCCUAUCUCUGUGAUGAUUGUAGCUUGAAUUUUGAAGAGGUUUGUUUCAAUCUCUACUCGCGAAGUUUCGGUUUUGUAUUCGUCGGACAACAUUAGCGUUAACAGAAAUGGGCGAUCAAGCGGCGGUCCGUAUUAUGUCCUUUAAGAAUGCUGGAAAGAGUGCAGACGAGAUGAGACGUCGUCGCCAGGAAGGCCAGGUAGAACUUCGCAAGAACAAACGCGAGGAAACACUUCAAAAGAAGAGGAACAUUCCUGCUGGAACUAAUGGGCCACAAACAACUAAUGAACCUGUUGAUACAGAAAUCGACGGAACUGGGAAAUCAACUUUGUUAAAUCUGGAGGCCAUAGUAGCAAAUGCUGAAAAUGAAGACCCAGCCGUCAGAUUGUUGGUCGUUCAGUCUGCUCGUAAGCUUCUUUCCAGUGAUCGAAACCCCCCUAUUGACGAGCUUAUAAAUGCUGGUAUGCUCCCUAAGUUGGUCGCCUGUCUGACAAGUGAAGAUCCUAAUCUUCAGUUUGAAGCUGCCUGGGCUUUAACAAAUAUUGCAUCCGGUACAUCUGGACAAACUCUCGCUGUUGUUCAAGCAGGAGCUGUACCACGCUUUCUAAAGUUGCUGUCUUCUUCUCACCCUAAUGUUUGUGAACAGGCUGUUUGGGCCUUAGGUAACAUAAUUGGGGACGGUCCUGUAUUAAGGGAUUACGUGAUUAAAUUGGACGUCAUAAAACCACUAUUAAAACUCUUAACACCAAAUAUACCGCUAAACUUUUUACGCAAUGUUACCUGGGUAAUGGUGAAUCUUUGUCGCAAUAAGGACCCCCCUCCUCCCGCCUCGGCUAUCAGAGAACUGCUUCCCGCUCUAUUGUAUUUGAUAAAGCACACUGAUGAUAGUAUUCUCGUCGACACUGUCUGGGCUAUAUCCUACUUGACUGAUGGUGGAAACGAUCAAAUAGAAAUGGUCAUAAAUGCAGAGAUAGUGCCUCAUUUGGUCCCAUUGUUGUCACAUUCAAGUUUUAAGGUACAAACUGCUGCCUUGCGUGCCGUUGGAAAUAUAGUUACAGGUUCAGACCAACAAACUCAAGUUGUUUUGGAUUGUGGAGCUCUAAGUCAUUUUGCAUGUUUGUUGAAUCACCCGAGAGACAAAAUUAAUAAGGAAGCUGUUUGGUUUCUAUCUAAUAUUACUGCAGGAAAUCAAAGUCAAGUGCAGGCCGUGAUAGACCAUGGUCUUGUUCCGCUAAUUAUCCACCAUCUGGCUGAAAGUGAGUUCUUAACACAAAAAGAGGCUGCAUGGGCUAUCUCAAACUUGGCGAUCAAUGGAAAUGCUGAACAGGUAUGAUUUUAUUUGUUCCAUGAACUCACUUUGAAAUCCUUAAGAAAGAUACGCAAUUACGAAGUCAGAAUCAGUUAGUCGCUAAAUCUUAUGUCAAGAUCAGAUUCAAGAUGUUUUGCGAAAAGCACCUCAUUAACGCUGUUAGUCUAUGGGUUUUCGCUUUAUUUAACCAGACUAGCUUGGUACAGAGUCACCAACAUAUGCGUCACUCACUGAAUGUGUGUAACGAGGUUACUACUCCAAGUGACCAAACCGAGACAGGUUUUCAAAUAAUCAGUUUGUAAGGUACCCGUACUCUAGUUAUAUUAUUCCAUAUUCGAUCCCACUCGACUGAGGUUUCAGAACAUACUGAAAAGGGUGAGAUACGUCAUCGACCAACGCGUCAUUCCUCCACUCUGUAAAAUGUUAAGUACCAGAGAUGUUCAGGUUGCGCAAGUUGUUUUAGAUGGAAUAUCAAAUAUAUUGGCAGCAGCCGGUGAUAAUUUAGAACAAGUUACAACUGCAAUCGAAGAAUGCGGUGGGUUGGAUCUCAUCGAAGCACUUCAAGAACAUACAAAUAUCGAUAUAUAUCGUUUGGCGUAUGACAUAAUCGAACGAUAUUUCAACGAAGGGAUGAUUGACGAUCCAAAUACAACUGGCGUUGCUGAAGAUGAACAUUUGGGUGAUUUUAUAUCGGUACCACAAGUUCCAACUACUUUCCAGUUUGAUGCUGAUCAGUGUAACUCUGAUGCAACUAGAGGUUUCGAUUUUUAGUUAAUUACCUUAUCGUCAUUAUGUAGGACCUGUUACAGAUCGUACAUGCAUAUUUUCAUAAAUUCUUAUCCUUGAUAGCCAGCCUAGUGGAAUGAUCUAACAACCGCCCUCUUCUGUUUUGCAUUUAGUAAAAGCCGUCUAUGCGGUUGUGGCCUCUACUGUUCCAUUCCUCUUAGUUCUUGACCAUAAAAAUAACCUUCCUAUUUUGUGAGCGCAUUCGUUUUUUUCAACAUUUUAUCCAUCUAAGAUUUUGCUCCAAGGUCCCCCUAUCUGUUACAUUGUUAAUUCUUCAGGAUUUCCCUUAUAGAUUCAUUUUUGUAUGUCUGUAUAAAACUUUAUGAUUGCCUUGGCUGUUUGCCUACUCCUAUUUAUUUAUUUAUUCAUUCAUUCACGAAUGUUUGAUUUUAUUUCACUUGCUUUUUUUUUGUUUAUGUUAGCACGUCUUCCCAGUUUUUUUUUCAUUUUGGGUUAGCUCAAUAUCAUUGUAGCGAAUGGUUAAGCUAACCUUUCAGUCAGUCUAAGUCUAGCCUUCAAUUUUUUUUUUUAUUUUUCAUCAAUCAGAUUCUCAAUUUUUCCUGGUGUGACUGUGUAACUUAAUAUAUUUUGCCUUCGUCUUUCGAUACCUCUGUAUGUAUUUGCCUUCUCUGUGUAUUUUUGUUCGUUGCACCACCUUCUUUUUUGGUCUUCCGAGUUAUAUUUGAUUUUGAAUUUCCAAAUUUUUGUGGCAUGUCUGUGAUCUUAUAAUAGUAUUGUUUGGUUUCAUUCUAUUUUCCAAUUUUAGUCGUUUUACUUAAGCUUUUUUUUUAUAUUGAGUUUAUCUAUUUUUGGCUUAUACCUUGUCUUUCUCUACCUUCUCUGCCCCUAAGAUUUUUGUGUGUUCAACGAAAUGGUUACUAUUCUCUAUUCUUAUUGCUGCCUGUCUGUAUAUAUCUUCUAUUUUGUUCCCAAGCAUUAUCUUUUUUUUUUUAAACCUUUCAUUUCAUAUUUUGUCUUUUCGGGCGGUUGUGCAUCCAUUUCUGCCAUUUCUCCAAUUUUGCUUUGCUCAUACUUUCUAAACAUUUUUCCUCACGACUAGUACAUUAAUAAUUAAAUUGUUUAUCUGUCAGUAAAUACAAAAGACUAUGUUGGAAGUUGUUUGCCAAAUGCUUGUAACUGAUUUCACUGAAUGGUUGAUUCUUAAAUACAUGUGUAAUCGUACGUAACUCUG